AUGGCAUUCAGGAGGCAAGUGAAAAACUUUGUGAAAAAUUACUCAGAAGCUGAAAUAAAAGUCAGGGAAGCAACUUCUAAUGAUCCUUGGGGUCCUUCUAGUUCCCUGAUGUUAGCUAUCAGUGACCUGACUUUCAACACGAUUUCUCUCUCAGAGAUUAUGAAUAUGCUAUGGCAGAGACUAAACGACCAUGGGAAGAACUGGCGCCAUGUGUAUAAAUCCCUUAUGCUAAUGGAUUAUCUCAUCAAGAAUGGAUCUAAGAAAGUUAUUCAGCUUUGCCGAGAGGGGUUCUGUAAAGUUCAAAUACUAAAAGAUUUUCAACAUAUAGAUGAAGCUGGAAAAGACCAAGGUUAUCAUAUCCGGGAAAAGUCUAAGCAAGUCAUAACAUUGCUGAUGGAUGAGCAAUUGCUCCAUAAAGAGAGGGAAGUAGCAUGUCGGACUAGACGGCGUAGCUCCUACUCUAUGGCAUUUUCUAAAAGAUUACCUCAUACAGAGAACACUUCCAAGGCUGGUUGGAAACAAGAGCAGUGGCAAGACAUUCAGCAGCCUGGUGAUGCUGUGUUGUCCCAGGAAACACUACCUCUCAACUUCACUGCUUGGAAAUCAACAGAGGACCUGAUGCUAUUUUAUGAGGAUGACCCAAAGCCACUUUUGCCGACAAUUCCUCCAGCCAUUAUCUCGUCAUCUACAUGGUUGUCAGAAGGGCAAGCAGAAGAUUGUAACCUCUGGAAUGCAGAUGCUGUAUCUACUCCCUCAGAAAAAACCCCAUCUCUGCAGACAAAUGUGAAUUUGGACAAGAAACCAGAGAGUACCAUUACAAAUACUGUAACAGGAAACCCUUUUCAAAUGCCUCUAGAAAAGCAGUCAAAUGCGACAAAUUUUGAAAUAUUGACAACUUUAUCAGCAUUUGGGUCAUCAAGUAAAGAAGAGUCUAUCCAUCCAAGUGUAAGAAUAUCCAAGUCGGACUUGACUUUCUGUAACCAGGCCUCUGUAGAGACACUCUAUGUCUCUCCCUCGUUCAAGACGUUUGACCCAGCGGAGACUGUAAUCAAUCAGGACUCUCAGAAACCAGCCCAGCCCAGCAUUGCUCAGAGGGAUGUUGAUAUCCUCAAGAGCUUAACGGAAUGGGUGUCAACCACCUCUGAGGGAACAUCCUCCUUUUCUACUCUAUCCAUGUCGUCUCCUGACACGGCCUCUCCAGACAAGUCUGCUCCUCUCUUACCCCGGAUUUUGGCUGGACCUUCCUACUGGGCUUUGUCCCAUCAACAGUCUUCUUCUAUCCCCUUUAAAGAUAAAGAUAAGACAGCCAGGGUUCGUCACCCCUUUGCUCCUAGGAGCUCACUGUCUUCUGAUGAAGAAUCUGACAACUUCAAUCUACUGGAAAGUCUUCCAGAUAACUCUGAUUCUGCUAACAAGAAGAUAAGUCAUAUUUCCCGCAGUAAUUGGGUAGGGUUUUCCACCCAAAAUGUAGACCGCUUCACCUCGGUGCCCUGUUCUAGUUUUCAGACAACCAAAGGCCUGCCUCAGGAGCCCAAAGCAAACAAUUCCAUCCAGGGUCUUCUAGGGGAGGUGAAAAAUGCAAUAGUCAAAUUACACGAAGACCUGAGUAUGGUGAUACAAGAACUUGGUGUCAUCAACAGCCAUCUGGUAAGAAUGAGUGGGAAUAGCCCCCAAAUCAGCACGGCUUCGCCGCUGCCCCAGUCUUCUGAGGAGAGCUCAGAUCAAAUAGAAUCAUCCCAGUAA